AUGCAGGUGCUCAGACAGUUCCUCCUCCUGCCUCUCGUAGCAGCUCUAGCUUUUGCUGAAGACAAGUCAAUAGAAUCCACAGGCGUACCUCGUUGUGGCGCUUCACUUCAUGAGCUCAACAAAGCAUUAAGGAUUGAACUAAAUGCAAAUGCAAACUGUGUCUGGCAAAUUCAGAGGAAUGCAAAUCAAACAAUUAGGCUCAUUUUCUCCUAUUUUAAAUUUGCUCCUUCUUCAAGCUGUAAAACAGAAAGUAUUACAAUAUAUGAUGGUCCCUCAACUAAUUCGCCUGUUCUUGGACAAGUAUGUAAUGACACUGAUGCAGUUCCAGUACUUCAAUCAUCAUCAGACAGUUUAACUUUUCUCAUAACAACAAACUCCGUGGCUUUCACACGAAACUUCUUUGUCUUCUACUACUUCUUUUCACCAGAAACAAAAGUUGAAAAUUGUGGGGGACAAUUAACUGGUCCCAAUGGGACAUUUACCAGCCCCAACUACCCAAAACCUUACCCUGAAUUUACAUACUGCGUCUGGCACAUACGAACAGCAAAAAACUCGAAGAUAAACUUACAGUACCAGGAUUUUUUCCUGGAACUAGACCAAAACUGCCAAUUUGACUUCACAGCAGUCUAUGAUGGCCCCACCACUAACACUGGCUUAAUAGGAAAAGUAUGUGGUCGUGCUCAGCCCACAUUUGAAUCUUCUUCAAAUGUUAUGACAGUGGUGUUGUCUACAGACUAUGCCAACUCCUACAGAGGAUUUUCUGCUCAGUAUACCAGUGUUCCGCUGCCAGGUCCUGUGGAGCCCAACACAUUCCUUACAUGCUCUUCAGAUAGCAUGAAAAUUGUUCUCAGCAAGUCGUAUCUGGCCUCCCUUGGUUAUAAUGAAACUCACCUACAGCUGAAUGAACCAUCUUGCCAUCCAGUUGUAACAGACUCAGUGAUCUUUUCCUUCCCAUUAGCCAGCUGUGGAACAACUAAAAAGGAGGAAGGUCAGAGCAUCACUUACACCAACAUCAUCUCUCUCUCUGCAACUGGCGGCAUUAUCACUCGUCAAAAGAGCAUACAGAUUAUUGCAAAAUGCAAAAUGGAAAACAAUUCAACCGUAGAAGCCAUUUACAUAACGAAAAAUAAUAUAAUCCAAAACACAACCAGUGUGGGAAGAUACAAUGUUAGCAUAUCAUUCUAUGAUUCAGAUUCAUUCUCCAAGCCUGUACUUCAGUCCCCAUAUUACGUAGACUUGAACCAAACUCUUUUUGCUCAAGUCAGUCUUCAUUCCAGCGACCCAAAUCUUUUGGUCUUUGUUGAUACCUGUAUAGCAUCUCCACAACCUGAUUUUGGAUCGCUAACAUACGACUUAAUCAGAAGUGGCUGCAAUAAAGAUGACACUGUGGUAACCUACCCACCACUUGAACACUAUGGAAGAUUCAAAUUUAAUGCCUUCAGGUUCCUGCAAAGCUUUCCAUCGGUUUAUCUCCAGUGUGAUAUUUUAAUUUGUGACAGCAACAACGCAAACUCUCGCUGUACCGAAGGCUGUAUCUCCAGGCAAAAAAGAGCUAUUUCUUCAUACACGUGGAAAACUAAUACCGUAGUAGGUCCCAUCCGCCUGAAAAGAGAUCUCAGGUCUGCUGAUCACUCAGAAUCCCUUGCUAAAGCAGAUGCUGAAGAAACCCCAAACCUGCAACAACACAGCUUCUACACUCUGUCGUUUCUGGUUUUGAUUUCAAAUAUUAUCAUUGUGGUAGCUGUGAUACUAAAAUAUCACAUCAAAUGCCAAGCAGGAUAUGGCUACCAAAAAAUCCAGAGCUCACAUUAA